AAACUUUCUUUUGAAGUGAAGGUUGUGUUUGCAAAUGCUUGAGAGGGGUGUGUUUAGCUGAAGCCGCCGCUGUGUAAAGGUUUCUCCUUUUCUCCCACCAAAAUCCUAAAGUCAUUUCAGAAGAAUCAAAUUGCCCUUAUUCAGCUGCCAUUGAACAACAUUCACUCGAAAUCUAGACGAACAAAAAAGAGAUCAGAAAGCAUGCAUUAAUGGAUCAAACAUCAAAAGUCAACAAGCUCAAAGAUUCACAAAUGAAUGGCAAGAAUUUCAACAAGAGACAUCUUUAAAUUCAGACACGCCAUUCUCACCCAUCACCCCUACCUUCCCACUCCAAAACAAAUCACCCUCUUGUCACCAUCAUCUUCAUAUUCCGCUUCUAUAAAAGACAUGCCAAUUACUUCUUACAACAACCCCAGAUUUGAACUCUUAUACUCAACUUUAAACCCAUUUCAUCUUUACCAAAUCCAAGCUCAAUUGAUUACUUGUGGCCUUUUCUCCUUAUGGUCUCCUAGACUGCUCAAACAUUUUGCAGAUUUUGGUGAUAUUGAUUACACUAUUUUCAUUUUCAAAUUUAUUGCUUCUCCGGGUACUUUUGUUGUAAAUAAUGUUGUUAAGGCGUAUUCGCUUAGUUCUGAGCCGAACAAGGCUCUUGUUUUCUAUUUUGAGAUGUUAAAGGGUGGGUUUUGUCCAAAUAGUUACACUUUUGUUUCGCUUUUUGGGUGUUGUGCUAAAGUCGGAUGUGCUAAAUUAGGAAAAAAGUAUCAUGGGCAAGCUGUGAAAAAUGGGGUUGAUAGGAUAUUGCCAGUAGAGAAUUCCUUGAUCCAUUGUUAUGGCUGUUGUGGGGAUAUGGGGUUAGCUAAGAAGGUGUUUGAUGAAAUGUCGCAUAGAGAUUUGGUGUCGUGGAAUUCGAUUAUUGAUGGGUAUGCUACUCUUGGUGAGUUGGGUAUUGCUCAUGGAUUGUUUGAGGUAAUGCCUGAGAGAAAUGUGGUUUCUUGGAACAUCCUGAUUAGUGGGUACUUGAAGGGUAAUAAUCCUGGUUGCGUGCUAAUGCUGUUUAGGAAAAUGAUGAAUGAUGGGAUUAGAGGUAACGAUUCGACUAUAGUCAGCGUGCUUAGUGCUUGUGGUAGGUCAGCUAGAUUGAGGGAAGGACGUUCAGUUCAUGGGUUUAUUGUUAAGAAGUUUUGGAGUAUGAAUGUAAUUCAUGAGACUACAUUGAUAGAUAUGUAUAAUAGAUGCCAUAAGGUUGAAAUGGCACGGAGAAUUUUUGAUAAAGUGGUAAGGAGGAAUUUGGGUUGCUGGAAUGCAAUGAUUUUGGGGCAUUGCCUUCAUGGGAAUCCAGAUGAUGGACUUGAGUUAUUUAAAGAUAUGGUUGAUCGGGCAGGGUUGGGGAAACGUGACUCUGUCCAUCCAGAUGAAGUUACUUUCAUAGGGGUGCUGUGUGCUUGUGCUCGAGCUGGACUGUUGACUGAGGGAAAGAGUUUUUUCAGCCAAAUGAUUUACAACCACGGUCUAAAGCCAAAUUUUGCACAUUUUUGGUGUAUGGCUAAUCUUUAUGCUCGUGCUGGACUAAUUCAAGAGGCGCAGGAUAUAUUAAGAACCACACAGGAGGAGGAGGAGGAUAUGCCGUUAGAAUCCUUGGUAUGGGCUAAUUUGCUCAAUUCAUGUCGUUUCCAAGGAAAUGUGGCUUUGGGGGAAAGAAUUGCGAACUCAUUGAUAGAUAUGGAACCUUGGAAUAUUUUGCAUUACCGGCUGCUACUGAAUGUUUAUGCUGUGGGAGGUCGAUGGGAUGAUGUUGCUAUGGUAAAAGACCUGGUGAAAACAAAGAUGAAGGGCAGAACGCCAGGAUGUAAUCUUGUGGACUUGAAAGAAAUUGUUCACAACUACGAAGUUGGACGCCUUUUGCCAGAGAGGAUUGGUGAACUCAACACACAGUUGAUGAAAUGGCCGUGAGACCCAGUUUAUGAAUUGCUAGUUCAGAUCAGCAUCCACUAAACAAGACACCGUCUGGGAGGAGGAAAGGUACUGCAUCUGCUACACAUUCAUGGAGUAAGUUCUAAUAGAACAAGAUGACAGGUGGAUUGCUUAAAGAGAGUGAGAGCUUAGCUGAGCAAGGAAGUGCUUGCCAAUUUUCAUUUUUUUUGCAGGAUCAGUUCUUUAUACAGGAUGAAAAGAUAUUUACUCUUGCUUUGAGUGGUGAGAGAUGCCAACUCUGGUCUUUAACUUUAGAAGACAGUGGGCUAUGGCUAACAAGUUGAAUGAGAGGUAUUAUGCCAUUUUGUUAUGAGAUGUGCAUCAUCAUAUUUUGCAGUAUUAACAAAAAAUUUAUGAAA